AUGGCUAGAAUUGCAUUUAUACAUCCUGAUUUAGGAAUAGGUGGUGCCGAAAGAUUAGUAGUUGAUGCAGCAAUAGGAUUACAAAACCAAGGAAAUCAAAUCACAAUAUAUACAUCACAUUGUGAUUUACUGCAUUGUUUUGAUGAAAUAAGCUCGGGGCAGUUAAAAGUUAAAGUAUUUGGUGACUUUUUACCAACUAAUAUAUUAAAGAAAUUCCAUAUACUAUGUGCUAUUAUAAGACAAUUGUAUUUAGUAAUUAAGUUAAUCAUAACGGGGGAGAUUUCCCAAUUUGAUUUUUUCAUAGUUGAUCAAUUAAGUUUCUGUAUUCCAUUACUUCAGUUAUUCAAUUCAUAUCAUUCACGAGUUUUGUUUUAUUGUCAUUUUCCUGAUCAAUUAUUAACCAAACGUAAUUCAACAAUUAAAUCAAUUUAUAGAAUUCCAUUUGAUUAUAUUGAGGAAUAUUCAACGGGGUGUGCUGAUAAAAUAGUAGUAAAUUCAAACUUUACAAAGUCCAUUUUUCACGAGACAUUUAAAUUAAAAAUAGAUCCAGGAGUAGUUUACCCAUGUGUUGAUUUGAAAAAACAAGAAAAUACAGAAGAUAUAAGUGAGUUUUUCAAGAAUUCAAAGUUUUAUUUAUCAAUUAACAGAUUUGAAAGGUCGAAAAACAUAGAAUUGGCAAUUAAAGCAUUUGCAAAGGCUCGAAAAUUGAUAACUGGUCCUAAGGCGAGACUUGUUAUUGCCGGUGGGUUUGAUAGUAGAGUCAUCGAGAAUGUUGAAUAUUUAUCUGAGUUGACUUCAUUAUGUGAUGAGUUAAAAUUAACGAAUUUUACAAUAAGAGGUAAAUUGAUAGUCAUGCCUCCUUCUACUGAUGUUUUAUUCCUUCCUUCAAUAUCAAAUAGUCUUAAAAUUUCAUUAAUUAAAAAUUGUGAAUUGCUUUUAUAUACUCCUACAAGGGAGCAUUUUGGUAUUGUUCCAUUAGAAGCUACUUUGUAUAAUAAGGUAGUUGUAGGAAUAAAUCAUGGUGGUCCACUAGAAACAAUUGUAAAUUAUGAUGGAGAGAAUAUUGAUGAAGCUACUGGAUUUUUAGCAAGUAAUGAUUCUGAAAUUUGGAGUAAGAUAAUUUUAAAAUAUUCAAAUGAAAUAAAACUUGAGGUUAAGGAACAAUUAGGGAAGAAUUGUCACAAUAGAGUGGUUGAUAAUUUUUCAAGAGAUGCUAUGACUAAACGAUUAAUUGAUAAUUUGGAAGAAGCUUCAAUAAAACUGAAAACUAAAGUAUCUUUAAAUAUCCUAUUUAUUACAGUAGCAUUUUUAGCUUUUGCAUUAUAUAAAUUCAUAUAA